AUGGAGAGACCACUUGCGCAGCUGUCGCUCUGCCCACGUACGGAGCACUUGGAGGGCAGCUUCGGCGGCACCAAGCCGGACAUGAGGAGCCUGACCGAGGUGGGCGGGCUGGUGGCGCGGUUCGAGCAGUAUGAGGCCGAGAACCGCGUGGAGCAGUGGGAGAGGCUCAACGUGCUGGUGCAGGAGAAGCUCGACGGGCUCGGCGUCUCCAUCUUCUUCAAGGAACAGCAUCAGCCCGUACUCAACUAUCGGCCCUCCCCACACCCGGCGGACAAGGAGGAGGAUGAGGCCGACUUCAGGGACUUCCAGGAGUGGGUCUACGCACACGAGGAGGACCUGUUCCGGGUCCUCGGCAGCGACCGCAGCUUCGUGCUGCACGGGCAGUGGCUCGCCGGGCGCCAGCGCGGCGUCCACUACUCGCGCCUGCCGUCGCCCUUCGUCGCGGUCGACCUGAUGGAGGCUGCCAUGGCCCACCGCUUCCUGGCCUACGACCUGAUGGUCGAAGUGCUCGGCAGCGUGGUGCCGGCCGCGCCCGUGCUGUGGCGCUCACGCCCCGCCGCGCCCUACGCCCAGCCCAUCGCCACCACGCCCGGCGCCCACUUCAACGGGCUCCAGCAGCGCAUCAAGCUCCCGCAGGCGCUCACCCAGACGUCGGCCUUUGGCGACGAGCCUGUCGAGGGCCUCUACCUGCGCAUCGAGCGCGGCGGGGAGACCACUCACCACCGCUAUAAGCUCAUGCGCCAGACCGAGCGGCCUGAUGACCGCAGGCGCGGACCCAAGACCAACGUCGUGGUUGCCAGCUAG